AUGAAAGGGGCGAAAAUAGGAGAGGGCAUCGACGGCGAGAGUCUGGCAAGAGGUGUGUGGUCAUCGACGAGGGGAGGUGUGGCUUAUAUAUCUGCAGGCGGGCGGCAGCCGUGUGAACGCGUGACGGGAGUGGACGGGACGUGCGUCGCCGCACCUUCACUGUGUUGCCCCGUGAAGAAUCAAUGGAAGACCACCCACGACCUUACCUCCCAUCUCCAGCGCCAGCACGCCACCACCCCCUGCCACGGCGCCGUGCGCCGACGGCCCCAACUCCUCCAAUGCUCACCUCUGUCCCCGCGCGCCACCGCCCCAGAUCCGGGCCUCCCUGCACGAUGGUCGAGGCUCCGGCGGGCGAGCCGCUGGGCGGAGGAGGAGGCGAAGGCGGCGGCCGCCGCCAACGGGGACGGGGACGGGGACGUGGGCAACAACAUCUACACUUAUGAGGACGAGGGCACCGAGAACUACGGCCGCGGCGGCUACCACGUCGUCUGCCCCGGGCACAACUUCAAGCAGGGCGCCUACGUCAUGCAGUCCAAGCUCGGUUGGGGCCACUUCUCCACCGCCUGGCUCGCCUCGGACACCGCCCACUCCAGGUAUGUGGCCCUAAAGGUGCAGAAGAGCGCACAACACUACUCGGAGGCUGCCAUGGAUGAGAUCAAGAUCUUGAGGCAGAUUGCUGACUGUGACCUUGAAGACUCCCGUUGUGUUGUUAAGCUUCUUGACCACUUCAAGCACACAAGCCCCAAUGGGAGCCAUGCCUGCAUGGUGUUUGAGUUUCUUGGUGAUAACUUGCUCACCCUAAUAAAGUACACGGACUAUCGUGGCAUUCCGCUUCCAAUGGUUAAGGAGAUAUGCCGGCAUGUGCUCAUUGGCCUUGACUACCUCCACCGCGAGCUUUCCAUUAUCCACACUGACCUGAAGCCCGAAAACAUAUUCCUCGUGUCCACUAUUGACCCCUCAAACGAUCCCCGGAAGUCAGGUGUGCCACUGGUGCCGCCUGCUGCAAGGGCCAUCGAGCCACCUCCAAGGGCUCCUGCUCGACCAUCAACGAGUAGUGGCGUCACCAGGAACCAACGGAAGAAGAUCCGGAAGAAAGCCAAACAUGUAGUUGCUUCAACUUCACAAGGCAAUGGGGCAGUGGCAUUCGCCGACAUAGACGAAUCAGAUGAUAAGGGAGAUCUGAGUACAGCAAAUGAGGGCAGUCCUAGCCAGGAUGGGGACAUGAAGAGAGGAGGAGGGCAUAGGCGGGGCAACAAAGGGACUAGGAAUAGGAUGGCGAUGGAAGCUGAACUAGGCUGCAAGCUGGUUGACUUCGGAAAUGCAUGUUGGACGUACAAGGAGUUCACGCGUGAUAUCCAAACAAGGCAAUACAGAUGUCCUGAGGUCCUUUUGGGCACCAAGUAUUCUACAUCUGUCGACCUGUGGUCCUUUGCAUGCAUAUGCUUUGAACUUGCCUCACGAAAUGUGCUCUUUGAUCCGCAUAGUGGAGAUAACUUUGACAGGGAUGAGGUAUUUUUGUUCAUUUCCUCACUUUGGUUUCGACUAAGAACAUACUUUCAACAUUGUGGAUCUGUACCCGGUUUAUCACCUGGAGAUAACUGCGAAGGAUUCUCGUCCAACCAUGGGAAGGAACGCCCGACCCGGUUUGUCCAGUCCACGAGGGUACAAAAUGUCGCCAGGGUGCACAGGCACACAACGGGCAUCACUAUGUCUGGCCUUCAGCAAGUUGAAGCUUCUGACUCGCUGAAGCUUGUGAGCAUAUGA